AUGGAAAACUCUUCUGUGCAACUAAAUGGAGCGAUUUUAUACGGCAUAAACUGUCGUGGAAGAACGGAAUGCUUGCGGCUGAUGUUUGUAUUGAGUGGACGGAAAUUCGUUGAUCGACGAAUAACGUUAGUGGAAUGGAAAGAAAUAAAGAUAAAAGAGAAUUUUCCAUCAAAUGCUAUGUUACCUGUUUUAAAAUUGGCCAUGGAAAGUCAGCCAAUUAUUGGUGCCAUCGAAAUUGGACGAUACCUUGCAACAAAUCUAGGAUUUUACGGUAGCUCUCAGGAUGAAAAAUUAGAAAUCGACCAAAUAAUCGACGACCUAGAAAAACUUCACGUAGCAGUUGCACCUGUGAUUCGCACAACGCUUACAAAGAAUUUCGACAAACGGAGGGAAUAUUGGCAGAUAUUUAAAGAAAAUUAUUUGACUGAUUAUUUGAAAAAAUUUGAGGCAAAGCUCGGCCAGCGCAUCUUUUUCGUUGGGAAUAAAAUUUCUUGGGCAGAUAUGGCAGUUGCUGAUGUUCUUUCGGCUUUUACGACUUGUUUCGAUACUUUCUUACUCAAUUCUUAUCCAACAUUAAAAGCUCAUGCAUUACGAAUUGAAGGUCUGCCAAAUAUUCGAACUUAUGUCGCUCAAAGGCCGCAUACAUCGUUUUAA